AGUCUUCAUUCUGGGAUCACUCCAUCAUCGGUCACCUCGUUGAAGUUAAGUCCCGGCUUCAACCAACCUCUACUCGCGGGACAUAUUCCAUUGUCAGUCACUUCGUUGACCUUUGGUAUCAGGUUUAACCAACCUCUGCUCGCUGGACACAUUCCAUCGUCGGUCACCUCGUUGGACAUUGGUCACAAUUUCAAUCAACCUCUGCUCGCUGGACACAUUCCAGCAUCGGUCACUUCAUUGACUUUCGGACUCUUCAACCAGCCUCUGCUUGCUGAUCAUAUUCCAUCGUCAGUCACCUCGUUGAUCUUUGGUAGCUUCAAU